UAACAUCAAAGAACGAGUAUCUCUUGUGUGCUAUCUACUUGGGGCUAGGCCCGUUGGCCUAGCCCAUCGCUCAGCCAACGACCUGAUACUUCACCGUCAUAAGAAAAACCCUAUCGUUACAGUAGUUAAAAAUGGCGGCUCACAGUGGCCAAGGGCCCAAGGCUAUUAAUGUAAGGGUUGAUUCUCAUUUUGUUGGUGAAGCUGGAAAAACACAUCACAUCCCUCAUCACCCAGUUAUUAGAGAGGAUGAAGAAACCACAAAGAUGCUUUGAAUUUACGAUGCCUCUUUGUAGGACAAAACUCGUGUUUCGCUGAAUCAACUGGUGUUUCGCUGUAAUAUUGUCCGCGGUCCUUGUCCGCAAGGUCUCAUUUCACCGGUGACUACUCCUCCGACUCUACAUAAACUCUUUAAGGCAGCAUUGUCUUGGGAUGAAAAAUUACCUGAAGCACUUGACAAAGAAUGGAAAUUUCUCAUCUCCAAAUUGGAUAAAGUCGAAACUAUUUCUUUUCCAAGGUAGCUGCUAUAUUGGUUCCAUCAAGGAGAAACCUGGACUCGUAGAACUUUUUGGAUUCUGAUGUAGCUUCAGUAUAUGCCAAGAUAACAUCAACGGGAAGAGUCACGGCAUCUACUAAUUUCCUUGAGCAUUAUGAAAAUAUUUGUCGAGGACUUUCCAGAACAAGGUCAGGUUCAAACAGGUCUUAACCUGGUCGUGCCAGAUGGCGGCACGCUGUGCACGUUUACCAAUCAAAUCGAAGCCCUGGAACAUGAAUAUUUCGCAAGGUAUAAAGUUCCAACAGCCCCAAGAACCUGCUAUAUACUCGUACUGAUAGCGGUUGAAUACAAACACGACUGUGGUUGAAGAAAAUCAUAGCGAAAAUGGAGUCAGUGUCUGCACCACCUGAAAAUAAAGAGAAUACUGGAACCAAUGUUGCUGGUUUGAAAGAAAAGUGUCCAGCAUUCAAGGACAAAUGUCCUUUUGAUACUCCUGCUGCCAAGGAAAUGAAAGAACAGGCAAAGGAGUGUCCUGCCUUCAAAAAUGGUUGCACUUUUGAGAAUGCUGUCACAAUCCAGGAUGUCUAUGAAAAGUUGUCAAAAAUGCCUGAUGUUUCUGAAGGAUCGCAUCAUCAGAAGGCAAUGAUUCAGUUAUUAAAGUUGAUUCACUCAGUUUCAAGCAACUUGAAAGGAAGCAUUGGAGAUUGUCCUGCUUUUUCCACUAAACAAGGCUGCCCAUUCAAGACUCUAAGCUCAAAUGGUAAACCCUUGGUGCUUAAUUUGGACAUGUUAAAGACUGAUUCUGUCAUUAAUGAGUCAGUGAUUGAGGUAAAGGAUGAAAUAGAAAAGGAUUUGCUGAAAGAGACAGGCGAAAAAGGAGGUAGCCUGGAAAAGGAGACUGUUGAAGGAGGAGCCAAGCUUGCUGAUCAGUUAAAGAAAGGGACUAUGAAAGUACACAGACAAGCAGAGAGGGUUCAUUUUGUCAAAGAGUUUAUGAAAGGCAGAGUAGAACAGAAAAUAUAUAGAGAAGCAGUUGCUGCCUUAUACUUCAUAUACAGUGCACUGGAGGAGGAGUCAAACAGAAAUGAUGAUCAUCCAUUAUUCAAAAAUAUUCAUUUUCCAAGAGAACUCUCAAGAGUUGAAUCACUGGAGAAGGAUCUACAAUUUUAUUUUGGUGACGAUUGGAAAGAUGAAAUUCAAAUUUCAGAUGCUGCUCAAAAAUAUGUUGACCACAUUCAUGCUAUCGCCGAAAGGGAUCCUGUGCUACUUAUAUCACAUCACUAUACAAGGUAUCUUGGGGACCUUUCUGGUGGACAAAUUUUGAAAAAAAUGGCAGUCAAGGCCUACCAGUUGCCAGAAAAUGGUGAAGGUGUUCGUUUCUAUGAGUUUGAAAAUAUUCAAGACCAUGUUGAGUUCAAGAAUAGUUAUCGAAUGAAGUUAGACAGUCUUAGAGUUGAUGAAAAAACUGCAGACAAGUUGGUGGAAGAGGCAAAAGUUUCCUUUGUCCUGAAUAUUGAAUUGUUCAAGGAGUUUGAUAGACUAGCAGGCUUUGAAGAGGAAAUUGUCCAUGAAGAUGUAGAGACAGUGCCAGUGGAACAGACUAACCAAACAGCAGUAAAGGAAAGCAGCUCCUCUGGCCACAUUGUCAAAGAUUCUGAUUUUGAUUGGCUAAAGAUUUUGGCUGCAUUUGUUAUUGCAAUAGCUGCAUUAGUGGGCAUUGCUGUGAACUUCAUGAAUCAAAAGUAAGGCAAAUCAAGCUGCAAGAGAACCCUAUAAAUGCAAAUUAUGAUAUAGUAGAUUUUGUUUUACUUUAUAAAUUUUAAAUGAAAUUAUUUAAUUGUCUUAGCUACAGUCUCCAAUUUGUUAGAUUAAUCUAAAUUUUUGAAUUAUUAUUAAAUUUUUUAUAGAUGCAGAAAUAUUUAACAAAAAACUGCUUUCAUUUUUGUUUAUAUUUGUUGGCAAGAUCUCCAAGUUCAACCUUGGCCCAAUUAGAUUUCCAGAGUUGAAUUAUUCAAAAUGAAACAGUUACAAACUAUUUUCUUUCUUUUGCAUGCUUAUUUCUUAUGGUUUGCUACAAGGGCUCCUCUUCACUGCAUCAAGCAAUUAAAAAACCAGGCAACUCUUGAAAGUUGUGUGUGUUCACGAACUUGGAAACAGAAGUUGCUGAAUGCUUGUUGAACUGUACACUGAAUGUGAGAACUUUCACAGCUCAGUCUAGCCAGGGCCAAUUUAGAAAGCCACUGGGUUACAGGAUCAUUUUUUACCAUCACUUUUUUUUAUAUUGGACCAACAUGCUGAAAAGUGAUCGUGUAACAUACUAAAAUUGUCCAUUUUCGCUGCAGAAUUUAAUGUGCUUAUCAGGUAUUAAUCCUCUAUCAUUGGAAAUUUUACUCUGAACGAAAGUAGUGUAAAAUCGAGUUCAUCACUUUUUUUCAAAGGCCCUGAAAAAUUCUUACAGCACAUAAUGUUUUGAUUAGAAGGGAACGGCUUCAAGUUUCAAGAAAAGAAGAAAAACACAUGAAUUGUGAUCAGAAAUAUAAUUAUUAGCAGAAAAUGAAUAUGAAUAAUGAUUACUGAUUUGGAGUAAUCAAAGAGCAGCACAUUACAUAAAAAUAAGUGCAGUUUAAUAAAAUACACACUCAUUUUUUAUAAGAAACAAUCCCUGACAGUGAGUACCCCAGUUUCUUGAGGUUCACAAGAUUUUAGAACCCAAGACAGAAAUAGAGUUGCAUAUUUUCGUAGAUUUUGGUAUUGGUUGUAAGGGACACAGAAUGGGAGUAAUGUAGGGGAAAUUUAAGGGUUUGUCACAGGGGGAAGUAGAGAAAAAGUGCAUUAUUAAUGUUGUAAUAUCUGCUAAUAUACUUGGGAUAGCUCUCAGCGAUGAGCUGAAAUGCUUGAGACGGUAAGAUCAGGUGAGUAAAUAAUGCUGAAUCUGCAUAUUAAAGAGCCAAAUCAAGACUCUUGGGGGAUUUCAAACAUUUCAAAUAAAGAUAGUUGUCCAUAUUUCUAUGUUUUCAAAGUUCGUGGCAUUCUCUUUAACAUAUUCAAUUCUAUCCCUAGGCAAGUCUACUUUCAUGCAUUUAUCAAAAUUCAAGUGUUUUCGCAUUUUUCAAAAUUCAAUUGUUUUUUAACCUUUUCUCUUCGAGUACCGAAGUUUCGUUAUUUCUUCGGAUUUUGUCACUACAUCUUUGAAAAGUUCCUCCAUUAUCUUUCACUUAAAAAGCUGCCUUAAAACCUUUAGUUUUAUAUUUGAUUUUCUCUGAUAUUUAAUUCCUCUUUUCUUUGAAACCAAAUUUAUACCUUUUUCCUGAAAUCAAAUUGUCGAAAUAAGGCCAAGCAAGGAGAAAUUAUUUACUUAAUUAAGAUUCCCAUAUGAUACACCCUUUUUCUAUGUCAUAGAUGGAUAACAAAACUGAGCCCCUUUCUCAAGGACAAUGAAGAUAAGGGUGCUAACACUUGUGGAACUGCAGGGAUUUGCGCUUUACUGUUCUGAUAGAGCUUGUUCAAUAUUUAAAGCCUUAGAAAUCUUAAUCUAAGUUCUUCAUACACCCUCUUUCCUCUACCCGGUCUCUAAAUUGGAUCAAAUUAGUAGUUAAUUGAUAGAUGGAAACAUUAAAGAACCACUCGCAGUCUUGACAACAUAACAGGCCUAUCGUGACAAAGGACUGCAGUAUGUUAAGUCUCGAUGCGAUAAUUUCAGUACAACGCUGCUUUACACAUAACAAAAAAACUAAAAUGAUAAAGCUAUAACAAGAUAAUCGUGUGUGUUCUGGCAAAGAAACUAAAGCUGGCAUAUAAAAAAGUCGGUGGACACGGUAAGAGUGAGCCCCGUCGUGUUGAAGCCGCAACCUCCAGCAGCUUUACCUCGCAUAUCUUUGCUACGACGACCAAUCCCUCGACACUUCUUGCUCUUCCAAUAACUGGAGUCUUGGCUCAAAUGAAGAAAAGAGAGACUGUAUUCCAUCACGGAUGGCACUCUCUGCCAUGGGUCCGGGGACUUUCCCCAGAGGUGAAUUGAAGGCCAGGCAAAGCCUGCCUCCCGUUCGUUCCUCCGACAGCAAGU